AUGGAGAUAUCAAAGAGGAAAUUGUAACUUUUAAAAAAUACCCUGUGACUCGGGAACACCUGAAUUUCAAAAUUAUUUUUAUUUUUAUUUGUGUGUGUAUUAAAAAGCAUCCUUGUCGGGGGCCUGGCAGGGCUUGGAGGCCCGGCCAGCGCGUGGCAGCAGCCCGGGAGCCUGAGGCCCGGGCGUCGCGCACAGGCGCUACCCAGCUGGGACGUGAGGCGGCUGAGGCCUCGGCUACGAGGCCUUCCCGAUGAAGGUUGGGGCUCUGCGGAGCAGAGCGGAGGCUGCGCCUGGCCUUCGGGCGGGGUAGAAGGCCGGUGGGCCCGCUCCCCCGCGCGCUGUGGAAGCGGCGGCGGCGAUGGACGCCCUAGAGGAAGAGAGCUUCGCGCUGUCCAUCUCUUCCGCCUCUGAUGCAGAAUUUGAUGCAGUGGUUGGAUAUUUAGAGGACAUUAUCAUGGAUGAUGAAUUCCAGUUAUUACAGAGGAAUUUCAUGGACAAGUACUACCAGGAGUUUGAAGACACGGAAGAGAAUAAGCUCACCUACACACCUAUUUUUAAUGAAUAUAUUUCUUUGGUUGAAAAGUAUAUAGAACAGCUGUUGGAGCGGAUUCCUGGAUUUAACAUGGCGACUUUUACUACAACUCUACAGCACCAUAAAGAUGAAGUGGCGGGCUUCCCUGGUGGCGCAGUGGUUGCGCGUCCGCCUGCCGAUGCAGGGGAACCGGGUUCGCGCCCCGGUUUGGGAGGAUCCCACAUGCCGCGGAGCGGCUGGGCCCGUGAGCCAUGGCCGCUGGGCCUGUACUCCGCAACGGGAGAGGCCACAACAGUGUGAGGCCCGCGUACCACAAAAAAAAAAAAAAAAAAAAAAAAAAAAGAUGAAGUGGCCGGUGACAUUUUCGACGUGCUGCUCACGUUUACAGAUUUUCUGGCUUUCAAAGAAAUGUUUCUGGACUGUUGAGCAGAAAAAGAAGGCUGGGGACUGGACUUAAGCAGCGGUUUAGUGGUGACUUCAUUGUGCAAAUCAUCUUCUAUGACAGCUAGACUAUGACUAUGACUCCUACUAUCACAGCUAGUCUUGGCUGUUGGAAUCAAUUUAGAGAGUUGUCCUUUACCUAAAAGGUACUUGUGAAAAUCAAUUCCUAGUCUUACAUGUACAGUCCUUGUAUCACUUCACUGUUUUCUACUGGUCCCGAUGUAGUCCCAUUGUUUCUAUAACUCUCGUUUACAUGUUUUUGAAAACUUACUUUUAUAGAUGAAUACUCAGGCUAACCUAGUGGAUGUAAUCUUGGAACUUCCAUGAUUACUCACUUCAAGAUCAAAGUAUUAUAUGCUGUGUGCUUUUUAGCUGUUGGUGCUAUGAAAGCAAAAAUGCUUUCUGUGUUGGUGUUCCUAUUUUACUGGGCACCAAUGAAUGUAUGCUGGAAGUAGUCUAAAAGGUUUCCUUUUCUUAGAGCAUGUUAGUGUUUGUGCAGGUUUGCUUAAAACCCUUUCUAUGUAAAACAGCUCCUUAGGUUUUCUGUUGGGCUCUGCACUUCCUUCUUGCUGUCAAAAUAAUCCUACCAAGAUAGUGUUCCACUGGUCUAGCUCAGCAGGAGAUAACAAACAGCUUUACUGGUCAUCCGUCUGCUUG